UCUCAGUGACACUUCUGCCUUCUCUGCAGAGCGCCAAUAGAAACUAUUUGGGGGGCCGUUAGUGAGGAAAACUCAACUGGAAUGUAUCACCUCUUGCGUAAUAUCAAACACAGUCAUCACGUGAGGUCAACAGCGCGCCCCUUUGAGGAGGGACAGGACCGUUGGGACGGAAGCUGUCAGUAAUCCGCUGCUUGGCUCCAAAAACAAUCUGGACUGACCACAGCAGCAUUGGAGCAGACUCUCCUUCCGGUCCAACUAUGGGCUCUACCUGCAGCUUCUGCUCAAUGUCACACGCACAUUGACGUAUGCACGUGCCACUCCAUUUUUUCGGUGGGAUUCCUGGGACUUUUUUUCUUUUUCAUUUUUGGCAAGCCUGCGGAGCGCCCCGUGGCUGCCACACACGCGUGCGCGCGCACACAUACACACACUUUCUAUCUAUCUCUUUCUCACACACACACACACACACACACACACAUACUGUGUGAUCCCAUCGCGUGAGAAACUUUCGAAGCGGGCCAUGCUGCAGUGACUUUGGGUCGUUGCCCCGGAAACUUGGCGAACAAGUCGCAGACGGCGGUGUCAGGGAAGCAGGAUGCUCGGGACGUGUUUCUAACGCGGCCCGCGGAGGAGACCAGCCGGGGACACUUAAUCACGGGGAGGGCAACGUGGGCUGCAGAGGUGAAGCUAGGACAAGACAGGUUGGUGUCUCCGAAUCCACCCGGCUCGGGUUGCGGCCGCCCCCCGGGGGGGUCCUGGUAUUUAAGCGUGCAUUUGACCCGGGAUAAGUUGUCAACAAGAGCAGCGAGCAGAGGCAAACUGGCAGGUGUUCAAGUUCAUUUACAUGCGUACGUAUAUUCACGCCACUAUAUAUAGAAGUUGUCUUAGGGACGGGCAGCCUUAAUAAGUUUCUCCUCCCACCCGCCUGGCCCCUGCAGCGGCUCCGUGUGCACCGGGCGUGUGCGCGUGUCUAUAUAUACACACACCGUUCGGGCUGUUAUUCCUGCGCGCAAUCUGUACCCGAGAGGGCAGCCCGCCGUCGGUUUGGCUGUGAGGGCAGGAGUCGUCGCAUGGACUGACAUGGCUACCGACCUCGCCAUGAGCGCAGAGCUGCCGAACAGCCCCCUGGCCAUCGAGUACGUCAACGACUUUGACCUCAUGAAGUUCGAGGUGAAGAAGGAGCCGCCGGAGGCCGACCGGUACUGCCACCGCCUCCCGUCGGGCUCGCUGUCCUCCACACCGAUCAGCACACCCUGCUCCUCCGUGCCUUCCUCGCCGAGCUUCUGCGCCCCGAGCCCCGGUGCGCAGCCCAACCAGAGCCUCACCAGCGGGGUCAACAGCAGCGGCAGCAGCAGCAACAACAGCAGCGGCGGCGGCGGCGGAAACGGUCACGGCAACGCGGGCAAGCCCCAGCUGGAGGACCUGUACUGGAUCCCCAGCUACCAGCACCACAUCAACCCCGAGGCGCUCAACCUGACCCCGGAGGACGCGGUGGAGGCCCUCAUCGGCAACACGCACCAACAUCACCACCACCAGCCCUACGACGGCUUCCGCGGGCAGCCGUACGUCGGGGAGGACCUGUCCACGGCCUCGGCGACGCACCACCACCAGGGCCACCACCACCAUCACCAUCACCACCACCACGGCCACCACGCCCGCCUGGAGGACCGCUUCUCGGACGAGCAGCUGGUCAGCAUGACGGUGCGCGAGCUGAACCGGCAGCUGCGGGGCUUCAGCAAGGAGGAGGUGAUCCGCCUGAAGCAGAAGAGGCGCACCCUGAAGAACCGGGGCUACGCGCAGUCCUGCCGCUUCAAGCGCGUCCAGCAGAGGCACAUGCUGGAGACCGAGAAGUGCACGCUGCAAAGCCAGGUGGAGCAGCUGAAGCAGGACGUGGUGCGCCUCGCCAAGGAGAGGGAUCUUUACAAGGAGAAGUACGAGAAGCUGGCCAGCCGGACCUACUCCGCCGGUGGACCCGCGAACACGAGGGAUCCGUCCGGGAAACAGGCCAACAACGAGUUCUUCAUGUGACUCUGAAUGACGGCCCCACCGUGACGUCCUCGUUACAUUCAUUUAUAUUUCUCCGCGUCUGUAUUUUGUUUACAGUAAUUCCCUUGAAAGAGACUUUGAAACACACAAGUAAACAAACGCGCAUUAGACGCGCACCGCCGAAAGUACUCCAUGGGCGCAUUUUGAGUCUUAAAGAUGUUUUGGGCUACACUUCUGUAAACUCAGUACUCACACGGGAUCACAGAGCCUGUAGACUCUGGUGCAGCAGAACUUUAGCCCCAAGUCUUAUUGAACCAAGCGGACAUGUAAUGGCCGAGAGGGAGAGAGAUGCGUUUGUCUUAAAAGUGGGGGAAGGAGUGUUUUUUUUGUUUGUUUUUAUUUUUAUUUUGAGAAUCAGACUGGACUGAAAUAGAAGCAGCAAAAGCAAUACGCCGCCUCUCCCGUGGGCUCCAGAAAGCUCCACGGAACUGUUUGCGUGAGAGCGAGGCGGUCUGUGAUGAGAGACGACACCUUUUAAUAUUGCAAGUCUAUAGUUUGCCAUCCCUAUUUGCAACCCUGCAUGCGGGACAUGUAUGGUGACCGCCAGCCUCUUCCCAGAAUCCUUCCACGUGUGUGGAAAGCAUGGCCCACGGUUCUCUCCUCCAUCACCCGCCUCCUCCUCCUCCUCGCCAUCCAUCAAUAAGGCCUGGGUAUGCAAGAAUCACAAACAGACACCCCACCCCCCAGAAGUGCAAGGACUGCGGACAAACACAAUGGGAAAAACCCCAAUCUGCUAUUGCGAAAUAAUGGAUGCGUCUUUAACUGCUAUUUUCAAUCAAAUUUUCUAUUGUUUUAAAAAGAAAAGAAAAAAAUACGACAAAAAAAAGAGAUUACCUGAGCCAGAUUUUAGACUGUAUUUAUUUCCACCUGUACAUAAUGUGUAGAGAAAAACAGUUGACUGUGUCAUUUUACCUUUUUCUCUUUUUAAAGAAAACUUGCUUUGAAGUUGCUUGGAUUAUUCGACAUGUCUUAAUACAAAUGUUUGUAUGUUACAGCAUGCAAUUCGUCUAUGGUAUCCUCCUCCUAAGAUGUGUAAUGUCAAAGGCAAGCCUACUGCACUAAGAAGAGAUCAAACUGGGAAAACGUUGUUGUCGUUUUCUACCGAAAGGACCUUUGAUCUGUUGCUCUCUAAAAACCUGGAUAAAAAUUUAAAUUUAUUAAAAGGAAUGCAUUCGCUGCUAAAACUCUAUGCACCAACUCGAUGAUUAAAAACACUUUGUUCUUUUUUAUUUCUUUAAAUAUUUGUAGACGGGAUUUUUUUUUGGGGGGGGGGGGGCGCCUGUGGUUUUAUUCUGCAGCCCGCUGUCUUAAAACGGCACUGUGUCUGAUAAGAGGUUCCUUGAUAUCGCGUGAGAAGAGGAGACUUCGCCGGGUGGUAGAUCUUACUGUUCUUGGAGUACCUGGAUGAUUUAUUCUGUCAUCAAGAUUCGCCGGUUCCUGUGUUUUCUGCUGCCCAGAUACGUGCGCAGUGCUCCGAGUGUAGAGUCCGAAGCGCAGAGCACAGACUACCUGUUGGAAUGGCGAGAGGUUGCAGCCCACGAGAAGCCGGUGUUUUACAUUCAGAUGGAAAAUCCACUGUAGAAAAUGCAAAAUUUGGAUUGAUGUUUGCAUUGGUGUGAGCCUUAAGAACAAAAACCUUUUAAAUUCAUGUUUUAAAAACAACAAGGAGCGGUUUCCAUUCAGUAACUGUCUGUUUUAAUUUAUUUCUGAUUUAUUUAAUUUUACAUUUGAGUUUUUUCCUACAAACAAAUUCCCAACUAAAAAUCCGAAUUUGAUUUUGAGGAAAAUUGCGAGACAUAAAGGAGAUACAAAGGAAUGCAAAUUUCUGCACAGUGCUGUUAAUGUAUAUCUGUACAUAUAAUUUCUAUAUUUAUUCAAUGAACGUGUCCUAACGUGUCAACAAGUGAAAAACCUACGAAGUGGAACGUUGUUGAGAAUCUUGUUUUCAUAAUGUUUAAUAAAAAGUUCUGUCCCAAAUCUGUCAGACUGCUGCUGCCAUCAUUGUUACAGGAACUUGUUAUUUUGAAAUAAACAAACGAA